AUCCAUUUUUCCCCGAUUUCCGUUCCUUCCCCCUUUUGGUGCUUCGAACGUUCCCGUUGUUAGCUGACAGUUCCGCCGUAUUCUUCACGGCACGCCAGGAGGCUCUCAGCAUACCAUUCAUUUCUCUUCAAUAGACUCUCAUUAACGCCGGCUUGUUUUCGACUUUAUAUUCUUUAUUUCGAACGUCGACCCGCCGAUUGAUUCAGCAGGCUCUGAAUAACCUUUAAUACCAUCCUGGCACCCGGAUCAAGCUGUAAUAACCUAUCUUCGACGGAGACGACCCGUAAUUUCAGAGCGACGCGCGAGAUUGAAGAGGAGGAUCUUUAAAGAGAAGGAAGCGCCUCUGGAAAUCGACAAUUGAAAUCCACUGGGUCUACUCAAAAAGGAGGAUAAAGCUCGUCUGACCGACCGACGGUCUUCGAGUAGCGGCGAAGUCUCGCGUGCCGAGCAGGAGCUUCGGGAACUAUUCGACCAAAUCGAUCGAAAACCGAGCAAGCAACCGUCAGCAUGUCUGGAUACGGCUACGGAGGAGGAGGUGGUGGUGGAUUUCGGGACAGCUACGGCUCCGAGAAGGGCCAGUCUGAGCGGUCAAGAUGGACACCGCUAACAAGGAUGCUGCUUUCCGGAGAGAUGACACAAGAGAGGCAGAAGGAACUUACGCCUAGGGAAAAGUUCGACAGAUGGAUGGUUAACGAGGGUUACCGACGAUUUUUCGUCUUCGUCUUCAUGAUACUCCAUGCGAUGGUGUUUGCGUUUGGUUUCGUCAACUACGCAGUCAAGGAUAACCUGCAAAGGGCGAGAGACACCUUCGGCCCGACCUUUAUGAUUGCCAGAGCUGCGGCGCUGGUUCUCCAUUUCGAUGUUGCUCUCAUUCUCUUCCCGGUUUGCCGUACAUUUAUCUCUCUUGCGCGUCAAACGCCGCUGAACGGCGUUAUCCAGUUCGACAAGAACAUCACCUUCCACAUCACGACCGCCUGGUCCAUCGUUUUCUUCAGCUGGGUCCACACCGUCGCCCAUUGGAAUAACUUUGCGCAGAUCGCCGCGCAGCAGAAGCUCGGUAUUUACGGAUGGCUGCUCGCAAACUUUGUCUCCGGCCCUGGAUGGACGGGCUACAUUAUGCUGAUUGCACUCAUGGGAAUGGUCUUCACAUCGGUCGAGAAGCCCCGUCGUGCCAACUACGAACGAUUCUGGUACACCCACCACUUCUUCAUCGUCUUCUUUUUUUUCUGGUCCAUCCACGGUGCAUUCUGCAUGAUUCAGCCCGACUUUGCACCAUUCUGCAUGUCAUUUGGUACCUCGGCCAUUGGUGUCUUCUGGCAGUUCUGGAUGUACGGAGGCUUUGUCUACAUGGCCGAACGUAUCGCCCGUGAGAUUCGUGGCAAGCACAAGACAUACAUUUCCAAGGUUAUCCAGCACCCCAGCAAUGUGUGCGAGAUUCAGAUCAAGAAGGAGCACACCAAGACGAGGGCUGGACAGUACAUCUUCUUCUGCUGUCCAGAGGUCUCGGUCUGGCAGUACCAUCCGUUCACUCUUACCAGCGCCCCGGAGGAGGACUACAUUUCGAUCCACAUGCGUGUCGUCGGUGACUUCACUCGCGGCGUCUCAAAGGCUCUGGGCUGCGACUGGGACCGCAAGGGUGAUGCUUCCAAGGUUGUCGGUAUCAACGGCGAGAACCCCGAUGUCGACCCUGCCCUCAAGCGCGUGCUGCCUCGUGUCUACGUCGACGGCCCCUUUGGCUCUGCUUCCGAGGACGUUUUCAAGUACGAGAUCGCCGUUCUUUGCGGUGCCGGUAUCGGUGUCACGCCUUUCGCCUCGAUUCUCAAGUCUAUUUGGUACCGCAUGAACUACCCGCAGAAGAAGACCCGUCUCUCCAAGGUGUACUUCUUCUGGAUUUGCCGUGACUUUGGCUCUUUCGAGUGGUUCCGCUCCCUUCUGCUUGCCAUUGAGGCUCAAGAUGUCGACAACCGCAUCGAGAUUCACACCUACCUUACCGCAAAGAUCAAGGCCGAUGAUGCUACUAACAUCAUGAUCAACGAUGCCAAUGCCGACAAGGAUGCUAUUACUGGUCUCCGCGCACCCACAAAUUUCGGUCGUCCCAACUGGGAUAUGAUCUUUAGGGGUAUCAGGAAGCUACACACCCCGGCUGAAGCUGGUGUGUUCUUCUGCGGUCCCAAAGGUCUGGGUAGCACACUGCAUAUUUUCUGCAACAAAUACAGCGAGCCUGACUUCGCAUUCGUAUGGGGCAAGGAAAAUUUCUAGUCUCGAGUCAAUCAAGGAGUUUGCUUCUUCCGGAAGCAAGCCUGGCAAUAUUUCUUCGAUUAUAUACUUUUCGCAAACAUACAAUUUGCUUGCCCGCUACACCAUGGUUCUUGUGGCUUUUUGCAGAUAUAUGGCAAAGUGCUGCCUGGGGAGACGAAACUACAAAGGGAUCCCUAGAGAACAUAGGACCCUUGAGUCUUGGAGACUGUGUUGUACGCUCCAUCGUCGUGCUACGUGAGGCGCGCUGGACGCAAACAAAAAGUACCGAUAACUAUAUCCUUGUUACAUAUUUUUCACCUAUUCAUCCCAGUGUUUUUUUUUUCUUUCUAUUUUUUUUUUUCUUGCGUGCACUGCUCGAGCAUGGUGUUUCAAAACAUAUUGCCUGCCGGGGGCUGGGCUGUCAGCGUUUAUUCCCAAACACCUCGUACCUGUCAAGACGACGAGACAUACUGACGAACGGAAUUCCACAACGAAGCAGAGGCCAGAGAGUGGAUUCUGACUCUGAUCGUUUGGGGGACUGUUCAAAAGUUGAUAGUAGUCAAAGCGACAUCAGAUGUUUUCUUCCAUAUUACCCAUCAUUCCCUUGUCUCUUCGUUGGCUGAUUUUAUUUGCAUGUGUCGGGUCGUUCUACUGCCCCCUCACCAUUUCCUCUGGUAUAUACGGGCAUUUUAUGUAUCUAGCGACCAGCUAUUGUUGUCUGUUUUGAAUUAACAUUUAAGUUGGAA